UACAAGGUGGGCGUGCUCAUAGCGCUAGUUUCCACCAGCAAAAUAAACUACCGGUACAUAUGCAAUUCACAGAGGUACUGUUUUUGAAACGCGGUGAGUCCUGUCGCUAACUGCAGAAAUAAAUAACUGGAUAAGUUGCUGGAUAGCUUAAAAGGACGUUUCACUACUAUAUAUUUACUGACAACCAAGGACACCACAUGGACAAUCACACCACCAGUGCUAAAGUGCUUCUCAACCAUGCUACGACAUUGAAUCUGCACACGGGAAAUUUAGUAAACCGUAGCCGUCUCAAGAAAAAAUGUCCGUCUUCACCUAGUGAAGAGAUUCAAGACUGUGUUCGAGCUACACUUAGUGAGUGGUUUGCCACGAUACCACCACCAACUUCACCAACGGUGGAGGAAUUCUGUGAGAGCUUAAUGUUAUGCCUUAAAACCUUUGCCCCCCCCCAACCAACGAGGAAGUCUGCUGUAGGGUUGCCAGCCCGCUCUUCAUUUCCACUCAGUUCGACUCGCCAUAAGUUCGGGGUCUGAACUGUGCAUUACGUACACAAAGCCAAAGCUUAUUGGAGCAUCCCUGCAAUGAAAUCCCACAAGAUUGUAAAACAGAAAUUCUGGGACUUACCAGACACAAUUGACUGCUCCAUCCCUCAAGCUACAGAAGUAAUCACACCCGAGGAGAGGGAGGAGCUGAAGGUUUCAGUCAAACUAUUUAUUUGCGAGGCAGACCUCUCUUCAAUCAAAGAUGCAGUAGAUAAGGCUUGCCAGGCCCUGGCUGUUUCCCAGCUGGACUCAGUGAUCAUUGCGCCCCCUGCUCUGCCUGAGGAAGUGAGCCAGACCCUGGACAACCUGCAGCCUGCCUGGAGUGAACUGGAGGGUCUGGUGCAAAGCCACAAGAUCGCUACCAUCGGCACCUCCGACCUGGACAAGGAGCUCCUGGAGCAGCUCUACAACUGGGCCCAGGUGAAACCCAGUAGUAACCAGGUGAAUCUGGCCUCCUGCUGUGUGAUGCCCCCUGACCUGACUGCUUUUGCAAAGGAGUUUGACAUUCAGCUACUGACUCAUAAUGACCCAAAAGAACUGAUUACUGCUGCCAGCUUCCAGGAGGCAGUGCAGGAGAGCACUCAGGACCUGAAGGUGGCAGACUGGAGGUUGGAGUGGGUUUUGCGUUACUCCAUCAUAGUCAAAAGCAGGGGGAUCAUCAAAGCAAAAGGCUACCUUGUUCACGCAAAGAGAAGCAGCCUGCAGCAUGUCCUCUGAAAACCAGUUGUUCAGAUGUUAUUCAUGACCACUGCAUUCAUAGUAAUGAAACCACUUACCCUUCUGCAUUGCAGUAGAAGCUGUGUUUUAAAGACUGAUGGGUAGCUAAACUUUUAUCCAACAUGGUUUCAAAGCGGAUUUUUCUCCUUUUCUCCCCGCAUCUACUUUAUUUUGCUGUGUCAAGGAUUAUGGGGUAUUAUGAAAAAAGAUGCAUUGGUACCACAGAAUUUGUAUUUUAGUACAAUGACAGAAUUAUUCAAAAGCAGUUUAAAUGGGAAACACAGCCUCUAACCCACUAUGGAAAUGUCCUAUGAUAUUUUUACAUUGUAAAUUUGGAUCUGUUGUUAUAGCUUGAGUCAUAUGUAAAGUCCUAGUGCUCUCUGAUGUGUAUGAGCAGCUUCUACUGUAUAAUACUUGCACCCUCUAUUGGCAAUGGGGGGGAUUAAGGCAUAAUUCAAAUUGACAUUUAUGGUUAGUUCAGAAACUAUUUUUGAUUGUGUACACAUUUUAUUUUAAACAAAUCUAGUGAUACUUUAUGGAUGUUAGUAUUGUCAUGUCAAACAUUUUAAUAUAUGUUUAAAGCCCUGUACUUACUGAGAAUAUACUAGGACAGUGGUUCCCAAACUGUGGGGUGUGCCUCCUAGGGUUUAAAUUAGUAGGCUCAACACCUUUAUUGUGUACAUAAUAGCACUGAAAAAUUCCAGAUUGGCAUGGAAAAUGAAUUACAAGCUCUGAAGUAUCUGGCCUGAUAAUGCCUUAUCAUGGCUUUUCUUCCAGACAUUGUCCAAAAAGUUUGAUUUCUCUCUUGUACUGUAAUUAAAAUGUUGCUAUUUUCUGUAUAUCAUGUCCUUGAAUUGUGUUUAUUAAACGAUGAAAGACUAA